AUGGGUGUAGCAGCUUCUUCAGCUAAGCGUGCUGUAAGGAAUUGGAAUGCAACAAAUCGCGCCAUAAAGCGCUUGGAUAAAGAGGCAAAAAUGCGAGAAAAGGCAGUAAAUCGGCCUAAAAUUACUCCGAAACAACAGGGAGAAGAUAAUUUGUUGCAUGCAAAGAAUGAUAAUUUGGAAAAACGAGUAUUCUCACUUGACAUCAAAAGUGAGGGAGUUAAGAAAAAUAUUUUACCAGAGGGUUUUGAUUAUGUUCCUAAUUCAACUAGAAAGCUGCCACAAAGGUUUGAAGUGGGUAGUCCUAUUCCAGACCCACGUAUUGAAUUCGGAUUUGCAAUUCCUGACGUUAUUCCCAAAGGAAGUAUUACAAUUUCCCAAGCCAUUAAUAUGAUAAAAUGCUAUCAGUUGAAUAUCAAAACAAUACCCCAAUUGUCAGAAGAAUAUGACCUCGAUCCUCAAAUUGUCACCUCUAUAUACAUGAGGGCCCUUAAUUCACUCAAAUGUGCUUUUCGAAAUGCUCCAUUAAUGGGACUUAGGCGAUGGUGUUAUAAUACGGAUAAAAAAAUAAUUCAAGGUUCAUUCGACGGACGUGUGUCGAAUGCCAUUCGUGGAUAUUUGUCGAAGAAUAAUGAUUUUCUUCUGUGUGAAUUUGACCGUCUUUCGAAAAUCGUAAUGUCGGAUCGAUCAGCCGAGGCCAAAGAUCAUUUAUGGAGAUUGUCUAGUCUUAAAACUCUGCUGGAUAUUAAGCAGAGACUGCAGACACUGAUAACCCUAGAUGCAGAUUCAGCUAAUCUUUUGCAAGAGUUAGAUGACGGUUCAGACGCAGUUUUCCAGCAAAUGGCAGCAAGCGAAGCAGCAUCUCGUCGAGAACAGAUAAAUUACUUUGAGAAUCAGAUCCUAGAAUUGAUCUUACCUCCAGAUCCCAAUGCAUUCUGUAGCUCCGUCCGAUUGCAGCUGAUCGCAGGUGCCGGUGGUUUGGAGGCGGCCAUGUUUGCUCGAGAUCUCUUCAAUAUGUAUGAGGCUUACAUCAUCCAAAGGGGCUGGUCCAUUUACCCGGGCGAAGGGGGAAUCAAUGCACUCUCCGAUACGGACUGUCCAAUUCAUAACACCGAGGUGAUCGUGGAAGCUUCUGACCCUUCUGAUACGGUCUACACUUGCCUAAGAUGGGAAGCAGGCGUACAUAGAGUUCAGCGAGUUCCUGUGACUAGUAAAUUGAACAAAAUCCACACUAGUACAGUGGCUGUGACUGUACUGCCUGCUGUGGAUGAGGCUGACAUUGACCUUUUACCGGAAGAUUUGGAAUGGGAUGUGUUUCGUUCCUCAGGAGCUGGUGGCCAGCAUGUAAAUAAGACCGAGAGUGCUGUUCGUGUAAGACAUAAACCCACAGGUCAUGUUGCUGUGUGCCAGGAUGAUCGGUCACAGCAUGCUAAUAGAGAGGCUGCAUUGAAAACCCUCAAAGCCAAAAUUGCAAAAGAGGCUUCUCUAAAACAAGUGGAGAGUGAGCUGGCCACUCGGCGCUCCCAGAUGGGCUCUUUAGAACGCUCUGAUCGGAUUCGAACUUAUAAUUACCAGCAGGAUCGCAUUACUGAUCAUCGGUUGGGCAAAUCUUGGAAUGAUCUUGCCAGUUGUAUGCGCCAAAAUAUCCCUUUGAUUGACGAGGCUGCUCAGGCCUUGGAUGAAGUGUAUAUCCUCAAUUCAUUGAAUUCUCUCAAGAAACCCUACUUUUUAAACUGA